CGAAGCAGUUGAUGAGGGUGUCUCUGCUCACUGUCAAAAAGUGUCAGGCGCGUCUGGUGGGAUGAUGACUCCCCCUGCCCCGUGCAGUGCUUGGUCAACCCUGUCAAAUGGGGAGGGCAUCCGAGAUUCGCCAAAUAGUAGCUUCUUCUACUGUCCGGAUGAAACGUAGCGGUUAAGACUUCGAUUUACCCCUUUUCUUUCACUUCUCUUUGAUCUUGUUGACGUGGAGGGCGGUGUUGGUUUUUCUCCUCUUCAUUAGAUGAUAACGACUGGCAAGGCUAGACUAAUUGUAGAGCCUAUUUAUUAUUUUGUAGGCAAAGUGAAACGUUUUAUGACUUAUGAAAUACCGUUUUUACACUUUCCUGUGUACCGCACGCAAAACCGGCUUCCAGUUCUCUCUCCUGUGGAGCGAGCGCCUUUUUUUUUUAUCGCCCUAGCAACUGGUCCUCGCUGCUGCUGCCUUGUGACAUUUCCUUGUCGCUUUGCUCACCAGCCAUCGCAUAUUGAAUUCUCCUUUUUCCACCCGCCUGUAUGCGGGGCCAUUUUUGCAUAGGGUAUUUCCCUACUUCGUCUUUAAUUUGAUUUAUUUAAAACUCUGGAGGUUCAUGCGUCGGAGAAGUCUCAUCUUUCUGCUUCAAAAUGCCUGUGAGACGCGGUCAUGUAGCCCUCCAGAACACUUAUCUGGACACCAUUAUCCGGAAAUUCGAUGGACAAAAUCGUAAGUUCCUGAUAGCCAAUGCUCAGAUGAAGAACUGUGGCAUUAUCUACUGUAACGAGGGCUUCUGCCAGAUGUUUGGCUUCUCGCGGGCAGAAAUCAUGCAGCAGCCCUGCACCUGCCAGUUCUUGGUGGGGCCUGGCACCAUGAAGACUGCCCUGACACAGCUGGCACAGGCCCUGCUAGGGUCAGAGGAGCGCAAGGUGGAGAUCCUCUACUACAACAAAGAAGGGACCUGCAGGCCCUGUCUGAUUGAUGUGGUUCCUGUGAAGAAAGCGGAGGGACAGGUCAUCAUGUUCAUCCUCAACUUCCAGGAAAUCAUUGACCCCUCCCUCAAGAAACCAGGUCUGAGACAGAGGGUGGCCCAGGGCUGGGUAUGGGCAGGGCAGAGUCGCAGGCUGAAGUUGAGACUGCCAUUGGUACGUGCAAUGCGUCGGUCUUCCCUCGCCAAAGACCAGUUUGAGGGGGUGGUGGUGGACUACCUACAGCCCAACAGUGAAGAGAUCCCUCUGAAAGAGUUCCGUAUCCCAUCCAAGGAGAGCUGCAUGCAGUCUGAGACAGAGGCGCUGAUAGAGCAGGACCAUGAGUCCUCCCAGCCUGCAAGCCACUACUCCCCCAAACUGCUGUCCCUAUUGUCGGAGCGGCUGGAACCCAGCGUGCCCUUCCUCCCCAGCAGCCCCUUCUCCAGUGCAGCCUUCCCCAGGAUGGUCCUGCCCCGGAGCCGCUCCAGAGAGACUGUCGGCAGCCUCCGCAGAGCUUCCUCCCUGGAUGACCUCGACAGCAUGAGGGCUGAGUCGGGCCGACCAGGAGACCCACGCUCCAACAGCAUUCCAUCUGAAUCAAAACAAACCAAGCCAAAGCUACCUGGGCCUGUUGGAGACCUGAAGGCCGGUACUCUGAGCUCCACCUCAGACUCGGACCUGAUGCGACGCAGGACCAGCACUCGCAGGACCAGCACUCGUAACCCCCUCACACUCAGUUUCGCCUCUGACCUCUUGCGACCGCCCUCGCCCACUGAGAUCGAGAUCAUCGCUCCCAGCAAAGUAAAGGACCGCCACCGAGAUGUCACAGAGAAGGUCACACAUGUCACACAGGUACUGUCCCUAGGGGCUGAUGUCCUGCCAGAGUACAAGCUCCAGGCGCCUCGCAUCCACAAGUGGACCAUCCUCCACUACAGUCCCUUCAAGGCGGUGUGGGACUGGGUCAUCCUCCUGCUGGUCAUCUACACGGCUGUCUUCACCCCCUACUCCGCUGCCUUCCUGCUCAACGAGGUGGAAGACGAGCUCCGGCGCUCCUGUGGCUACACCUGCAACCCCCUCAACGUGGUGGACCUGGUGGUGGACGUCAUGUUUAUCGUGGACAUUCUCAUCAACUUCCGGACCACAUAUGUCAAUCACAAUGACGAGGUGGUCAGCCACCCGGGGCGAAUCGCCCAGCACUACUUCAAAGGCUGGUUCCUCAUUGAUAUAGUGGCAGCCAUCCCCUUUGACUUGCUCAUAUUCCGCUCUGGCUCUGAUGAGCCCCAGACGACCACUCUGAUUGGCUUGCUGAAGACUGCUCGGCUACUGCGAUUGGUGCGUGUGGCGCGGAAGCUGGACCGCUACUCAGAGUACGGCGCCGCUGUUCUCUUCCUCCUCAUGUGCACCUUUGCCCUCAUCGCCCAUUGGCUGGCCUGUAUCUGGUACGCCAUCGGCAACGCGGAGCGCACCAACUCGGCCCGCAUCGGAGGCAUGAAGAUCGGCUGGCUGGACAACCUGGCUGAACAGAUUGGUAAACCAUACAACGACACAGAUCCUGCCUCCGGCCCCUCCACCAAGGAUAAAUACGUCACAGCGCUUUACUUUACCUUCAGCAGCUUGACCAGCGUGGGCUUCGGUAACGUUUCCCCCAACACCAACCCUGAGAAGAUCUUCUCCAUCUGCAUCAUGCUAAUCGGCUCUCUGAUGUAUGCCAGUAUCUUUGGUAACGUGUCGGCUAUCAUCCAGAGGCUGUACUCCGGCACGGCCCGUUACCACACCCAGAUGCUGCGUGUCAAAGAGUUCAUCCGCUUCCACCAGAUCCCAGAGGGACUACGCCAGAGACUGGAGGAAUACUUCCAACAUGCCUGGUCCUAUACCAAUGGCAUCGACAUGAACGCUGUGCUGAAGGGUUUCCCUGAGUGUCUGCAGGCUGAUAUCUGCCUCCACCUGAACCGCUGCCUGCUCCAGAACUGCAGGGCCUUCAAGGGGGCUAGUAACGGCUGUCUGCGGGCGCUGGCCAUGAGGUUUAAGACCACCCACGCCCCUCCAGGCGACACCCUGGUCCACAUGGGAGACGUCCUCUCAGCUCUCUACUUCAUCUCUAGAGGGUCCAUAGAGAUUCUGAGAGACGAUGUGGUGGUGGCCAUACUGGGUCAGAAUGAUAUCUUCGGAGAACCCAUCUAUCUUUUUGGGCGUCCAGGGAAGUCCAGUGCAGACGUCAGGGCUUUGACCUACUGUGACCUCCAUAGGAUCCUGAGGGAGGACCUGCUGGAGGUGCUGGACAUGUACCCAGACUUCUCCGACUGCUUCUGGACCAACCUGGAGAUCACCUUCAACCUCCGAGAUGUAGAUAGAAUGAACCAGGCACCUCCCAGUGAGGACUCUGAAUGUGGAUACCGACGGCCGCGGCCACGACGCACGAGAAACCGGCCUGACGGCAUGGACCGUGAGGACUCAUUUCCAGACCAGUCGUGUCCUUUGGGGAACCACAGCGGCCCGGACACAAGCUCCCACUGGGAGGGCAUGUGUAGCAGCGCCAGCGCCUGCUCCCAGUCCAGUGACGAUGAGAUGAAGCCCCUGGGACAUAGCAAAGCAGAGCUGUACCCCUCUGUGGACAACACCGAUGACUACCCCCCUGCUGUGGUCAGCCUGCUGCCUCCCAGCGGACCCUCAGCCGGCAUGGGGUCGCCCCUGGACCGAGGAAGUCACCAAUACACAGCAUUCCCACAGGCAUCUCUGCUCUUUCUCUACAUCCCAGCUGCAGCCCCCAUCAACAUGCCAGGCCCAGGGGUGUAUGGGUAUUGGCCUGACCGGAGGACCAGUCAGUUGUCAGAUCCCCAGCGGCGCUGCUCCUCAGUCAGGGGCACCUACCACUCUCCUCCCUGUGCAGAGGACAGGCCCAAUGAACUGGAGUCCAGAGUGGAGCUGCUACAGUCCCAGCUCCACAGACUGGAGACUCGGAUGACUGCAGACAUCCACGUGAUCCUGCAGCUGCUCCAAAGGCAGAUAACCCCAGUACCCCCGGCCUACAGCACUGUGUUGCCCAGCCCUCACCCUGCUCACACCACCACCCUGUACAGCACAGCAGCCCCCAUCAUCCACACUGUCCCCUUCAUGCCCCCAAUCAAGAUUGACAGCAUGCCUUCGCCACUGCAGAGCCCGGACUCAGACAAGCACAAGUCCAAGGAUUCCCUGUCCAGUGGGAUCCACCUCACGGUGGCCUCUGAUGACACCAUGUCCAUGUCCCCUGAGACAGAGCCCCUUCCAGGGUCCUCCAUGGGCCUUAGCCCCCCCCAUGUCUCCUGCCAAACCCUGGGGCCCUCUGGACUGCUGUGUGGCAGCCUGCGUUUCCCCUCCCUCCCUGACAACCUGGAGACCUCCACAGAGGGGCAGGAGAUUCAGAGGCACGUUUCUGACCCCAUCCUGCCAGGCAGCUAAAACCCUCUGACCUUUAACCUUAAACCUGAUCAUCCCUCACUCCUAGUACCCCCUACACCACCACAGGAGGACAAUCAUAUGUUGGCAGUCACUUCUCUAAUCGUCCCCUCUCUCAUUCCUCCUCUCCAAUCCCCACCCAACCCCCUAACCUGUAAGAUGCUGCUGAUCAACGUGGGUUGCCUUCCACGUAGCUGAGAGGAGGUUCUAUGGAGGGCCCCCUCUCACUGACUCACAGUGCCCGGGGCUGAGGCACCUCUGGUCCUGUGCGACAAACAACCUCUCCUCUCUAUCAGGGCCUAGGGCAUUAUUGAGAGGGGGUUUAAGAUUUCUGCAACCCAGACCCUACAAAGCCUGGGGUCCUGGCACUGCCUAUGGAGAACUGAUAUGAAACUGGGCUGACUAGAAGCACACGGACACACACGUCACACGGACACUAACAAUAACCCCAAACCCCCUUUUCCCUGGAUCUCAAAGCUGUAGUAUUAUCAUUCCUCUCUCGUUUUCUUUUUGUUAAGUGAUGGUCCUUUUAUGCCAUGGUCCUUUUUGUUGGGAGAUAAGAAUUUGGCCAAAAAUACAUAUAACUGUGUGUACUGUAUGUUUACACUGUA